AUGGAAUAUAAUCGAUCAUUGAUAUUUCGCCCCACGGAAAAUUUGCCGGUUUUUGAUGAGAAAACAUGUGAUGUUGAGAUGGAUCCGGAACAAGCAUUUCAAACAGCAAUCGAUCAUGCAAAUCAUUUGGUGGCAGAAUGGGCGGUGAGAAGAGAAGAAAUUGGAAGGAAAUUGAUCCAAAUUGCUCUUCAAUUAGACGAAAUCCAGCACCAUUGCAAUAUCUCAACGACGGUGGGCAGUAGUGUCGGCAUUGCGGGCGGGAUUGUCACCGUUGCCGGUUUAAUUUUGAUGCCGCCAGUUGCGAUCGCAGGCGCUAUUGUUGGUGGUGUUGGUGCAGCGACGAACAUUGUCACAAGUGGUGUCAAUAUGCUUGCAAUUAAGAAACGAAUGAACGAAGUGGCGCCAUUGAUUGAAAGAGACAAGAUUUUAUGGGAUCUUAUCAUCAAAGCUUGGACUGAAGUGGCUCGACUCGAGCAACUACGACGAUCUAUGGGGCCCGGAGGACCGAAGUUGACAACAAUGGCUGCUCCAAUGCUUGCCCUCGGUACAUGUGGUUUGGCCGGAAUUGGUGCGCGAGCGCUGAUCACGGAAACGGGUCGAUUGACACCAAAACUAGCGUCAACUCUUGGGCAUUUGGCUGCGGGAUUGGGAAUCGCUCUUGACACGUUGACUCUGGUGCAAACGGCGAGAGAUCUGCGAAACGGAUCAAAGAGUGAAUACGCGGCAAUGCUUAGAGAGUUUGCCGAGAAAAUCGAAGAGGAGAAGCGAUCGGUGGUGAAAAUGAACGCUCUUUAUCAAUUCGACGCUCCAGAUCCCCUCUUCGAAACAUAU